CGCCAUUGCCCAGGGCUGCCUCCCCUGCCCUCCCUGCACUGGGGCGCUCGGGGCAGCCGCACGGCCUAGUAGUGAGGGCGGCCGCAGCAGCGCCCCGGGGGAGGGGGCCUCGAGAAGCCGAGGUCGGCUCCCGGUCCCGCUGCCCUGUCCUCUCUUGCCGCGCCCGCCCUGGGCGGCUCCGGAGACAGCCAGACAGCCAGUCAGCCAGGCGCGGAGCGCGGGGCUUGCGUCCCGGCAGUCGCAGGAGGUAGACGCUGACCCAGGCGCCUCGCAGGGGCGGGGACGCAUCGCUCUCUGGCCGCGGUUUUUGUAUAAUCAUUCUGAAUCAUGUCUGAUAACGGAGAACUGGAAGACAAGCCACCAGCGCCUCCUGUCCGUAUGAGCAGUACUAUUUUUAGCACUGGAGGCAAAGACCCUUUGUCAGCUAACCAUAGUUUGAAACCUUUGCCAUCUGUUCCAGAGGAAAGAAAGCCUAGGAAUAAAAUCAUCUCCAUAUUUUCCGGCACAGAGAAAGGAAGUAAGAAAAAAGAAAAGGAGCGGCCAGAAAUUUCUCCUCCUUCUGAUUUUGAACAUACCAUCCAUGUUGGCUUUGAUGCUGUUACUGGAGAAUUCACUGGAAUGCCAGAGCAGUGGGCUCGAUUGCUACAGACUUCCAAUAUCACCAAACUAGAGCAAAAGAAGAACCCUCAGGCUGUACUGGAUGUUCUGAAGUUCUAUGACUCCAAUACAGUGAAACAGAAAUACUUGAGCUUUACCCCUCCUGAGAAAGAUGGCUUUCCCUCAGGAACACCAGCACUAAAUGCAAAAAGCACAGAAACUUCAGCAGCAGUAACAGAAGAAGAUGAUGAUGAUGAGGAGACUGCACCACCUGUCAUUGCUCCUAGACCAGAUCAUACAAAAUCAAUUUACACACGGUCUGUAAUUGACCCUAUUCCUGCACCAGCUGGUGAGUCUAAUGUUGAUAGUGCUGCCAAAUCUUCAGACAAACAGAAAAAGAAAACUAAGAUGACAGAUGAAGAAAUUAUGGAGAAACUAAGAACUAUCGUCAGCAUAGGUGAUCCCAAGAAAAAAUAUACCCGAUAUGAAAAAAUUGGGCAAGGAGCUUCAGGUACAGUUUUCACUGCUACAGAUGUGGCAUUGGGGCAGGAGGUUGCCAUCAAACAGAUAAAUUUGCAGAAACAGCCUAAGAAGGAAUUAAUCAUUAAUGAAAUUCUUGUAAUGAAAGAAUUAAAGAACCCCAACAUAGUCAACUUCUUAGAUAGUUAUCUUGUAGGGGAUGAAUUAUUUGUGGUAAUGGAGUACCUUGCUGGAGGGUCUCUUACUGAUGUUGUAACAGAAACCUGCAUGGAUGAAGCACAGAUUGCUGCUGUGUGUAGAGAGUGUUUACAAGCUCUGGAGUUUCUACAUGCCAAUCAGGUGAUUCACAGAGACAUCAAAAGUGACAAUGUGCUUUUGGGAAUGGAAGGAUCAGUUAAACUCACCGACUUUGGUUUCUGUGCCCAGAUCACACCAGAGCAGAGCAAAAGAAGUACUAUGGUGGGGACCCCUUACUGGAUGGCACCAGAAGUGGUCACACGUAAAGCUUAUGGUCCUAAAGUGGAUAUUUGGUCUCUAGGAAUUAUGGCUAUUGAAAUGGUGGAAGGAGAACCCCCAUAUCUUAAUGAGAAUCCCCUGAGGGCCUUGUAUCUAAUAGCAACAAAUGGGACUCCUGAACUGCAAAAUCCAGAGAAACUGUCUCCAAUAUUUCGAGAUUUCUUAAAUCGAUGUUUGGAGAUGGAUGUAGAAAAAAGGGGCUCAGCCAAAGAAUUGUUACAGCAUCCCUUCCUGAAACUGGCUAAACCUUUGUCUAGCUUGACACCGCUGAUCAUGGCAGCUAAAGAAGCAAUGAAGAGUAACCGUUAAUAGCAUUGCCAUUUGUGGCCUCAUCUUUUUUUGUCAAUUUUUAAAAAAAGAAGUCUUUAUAAUAUAUAAAAUUGUUACUCUUUUUAGGGGUUUGGAAAAAAAUUGUCAGCACACUGGGGUGGUUGGGGGAAACCAACCCCCUACUCCCUGGAGACAUCUAAGACAAAAUUAAGGAAAAGAAUUGUUAUGACUCUUAAAAUAGCCCCUUUUUAGGGUCCAAGAGAAAUUGUGGACUGAAUCACUGGCCUUUCACCUUUCUGCCAACAGCCCAGCAGUGCCAUUUAUGAAGCUUGGAAUUUGUAUUUUAUUUUAUUUUUGCUGACUUUGCUGUAACAGAUCCCAUUCAUUGUACCCUUUAGGGUAUUUUCAAUACUUGAAUGGCAGAUUCAAGCUUUCAAAGAAAGGCAUUUGUUUGAUCUGCUAGUCUCCUAUUUUUCCCUGUUCUUCCUCCUUUCCUUUACCUGCUCCUUUUGGAUUGCUUUGAGAAAAUGUUUCUCAUGCCUAAAUUAAAGCAAGUGUGAUGGAUAUUAUGUACCUCCUUAUAUUAGAAAAGAGGCUUCCUAUGAUUUAAUUUUGUGUAGAAGCCAGGACCAGCUACUUAAAGCACUGUUCAAUAACAUUUUAGUUACAAACUAUUUUGAGGAAGGGAAGGGAAGUGGGUUUGUUUUUGUUUUUGUUUUUGGCCUUGGGGAAGAUUAAAAGAGCCUUUUUUUUUUUUUUUUUUUUUUUAAAGAAAUAUCAUGGUAGUGAUGUUUGGAGUGAAAGUUACAAAUAGAGAAGAGGAGAAGGAAGAUCAUUUUUAACUAAAUCAUUGAGGCAAAGGAAGCGGACCCCAUUGACAUUUGAGUCCCUGCAAUUUUUGUCUUCCUUUCUGUUGGAUUUGUGUUGGCUGCAAUUCAAAGUUAUUUCCUACUACGUACUUGGUUUCAGAAAUCUGUCAGUUUGUUCUUAACCCCAGCUUGGACUCUUUUGCUUUGGCUGGUGUCUCUUUUAUUUUCUUUAUCAAAUAAGUUUGUGUAUAUAUUGUAACUUUUUUUUUAAAUCCCCACAGCAAAUAAUGCGAGUCAUUGAAUUUUCAGGAUUUGACUAUUAAAUACCUUUUUAAAUAUAUCCAGUUAAAAUACAUAAGUAAUUUGAGAUAUUUGAUAUAUAGAGACUUGAAAAUACAUGAACUGAAACUUGGUAUUCCCAGGUAGAUGUGAUUAUAUCAAUGAAAAGAAUAGAGACACUUAAAAGACAUCUCACAGGGAUGAAACUUGUUACAAGCUGGGGAGAUUUACCUUGAAUUAUGAAAAGGUCCCAAAACUUCACCAAAAUCUUAUUAGCUAGAAUGAUAAAAGUAAUUCCACAAAUUCUGCUGCUAAGGGACUUGUGAAUCAUUUCAUUUACUGAGUUGCUAUAGGUUUAAAUUAGGAGGUAAUCAUGUUGGGUCACUUUGAAUUCAUGUGAAGUUAUAAAUUUCAUGUACCAAAAAAUUGGAAAAGGGGAAGUAAAUCAGAAUGAAAUGUAUUUUGAUGUCUAUAAGGCAUCCUUUCUAGUAAAAAAGUUUUGGUUCCUUGAUUGAAAUUUUUAAAAGCAUUUUGAUAUUCUGAAUCAUCUCUCACCCUAUAAUAUUCAUUAUUAAUAGGAGCCUUUUCUUAGAAGCUGUACUGCCUCAUCAGAAAUGUCAGGAGCAGGAAAAAAAAUCAUUAGAUUCUUGCAGUUAUUUGCUUCUGUUCAAUUCUACAUUUACUUAAUACACCAGCAGUGCCAAAUCAAAAGUAAGAAAAAUUAAGUUUUAGGGAUAUUUUCUGGAAAACAAAACAUUUUGUAAAAAAUGUAUUGCUUGUCAACAAAGUAAGCUAGCUCAUGCUUAAUUUCUUAAUGUCCAUAUUAAGAUAUGACUAUAAUAAAUAGAAAAUGCCUACCAGAAAGGUUUUUGCCAAAAUCAUGAAACAAAACCUAUAAUUAGAGCAUUUAGUAGAAUGGUCUCUGAUUUCAAUCUGAUUUUUAUUUUUCUUGCUAUUACUGGCCCUUCUGCAAUUGUUUAUUAUUUCAUCACUUUACAGCAACAAAAUGCCUUACUCCCUUUGAAAAACUCCAGUGCCUCUUGAGUUUCAACUUUUAAACUUUCUGCUUUGUAAGCAGUCACUAGGUAGAUUUGUAUAGAAAAGAUACUACCAAUGGAGUAGAAAAAUCUAAUGAUCAGAAUGCAAUGAUCAUUUCCUCAAGAAGGCAGUAACUUUUAAGUAUUGACUUUAUAAAUAGCUUCUAUUUCUAUACAUGAGCCAUAGAAAACAUGUUCACUGGAUACAGUGUCAGUGCCCCCAUUUUUAAGCACGUGACUCAGUAAAGGGCUUUUUGAUUUAUAGGAAGAGUUUGGAAUUAUAUUUAAUCUUUUUUUUUUUUUUUUAAAUUGGUGAUGCCCUGUAUGUCCAUUGCUGGCAAUGGACCGGGUAUCAUGAAAAUCUGACUCCUGGGAUAUGGGACCUAAACCCCAGUCUGUUCUUUACUUAGUAAGAUAAACUAAUCUAUCAUAUGAAUAUACUUUGAUUAUUUCUUAAAUUUGUAAAUUUUAAACAAAAUAGUUUUAAGAGCAAUAAGGAGUUGUGAUUUAUUCAUUUUUAACAAUUUAAAAUGGCCUUGUUGUUGAAAGAACAAAUUUAACUGAAUCAAGAUUCUUUUAUUUUUUUUUUUUAAGCAAUUGUCUUUUAAAAUUAUUUUUGCUUUCACUUUGGGUUGAAAUGUCUCAUUCAAAUCCAGGAAUUACCUUAAUAGUUGAGCUCUGUUUAUAGGGUGUUAUCUUGUAGUACUAUACUUAGCACUACAAUGAAAGCUGUGACUUCUAGUAACCAUUGGGUUACCUGUCCCCUUUCUCUGGUGUCACAAACUUUAGGGAUAGAUAAUCCCAGGAAACUGUAGAAAUACUGAGAUUGUUUUUCCCUAUUGUAAUUAGUGAGCAAGUAGAGUCACUGGGAUUAUAUAAACUUUUCUUGUCUUGCAAAUAUGUCUGUUCAGCUGCUUAAACUUAAUCAAGCCAACCACCAAUCCAAAAUUAAUCUGUGCCUUUUAAAUACAAUUUUAAAAGUAUUUUUGAGUGUUUCUUUUGGGGGACCCUUUAAGUGAACUUUUGAGGUUAACUGUGUACGCUGUGUCCUAGCUAGACGGAAUCUUAGUGCAUCUCAAGACAGUAGUGGAGAGGUAGGAAUAGGAGGAAAAUUGGGUGCUUAAGGAAUUGAUAACACUUUAAAAAUCUCUUGAAAUCCCCAAAUAUCCAUUGAGCAUCUCAUUUCAAUGCCCAGUUAUUUUAAGUUAUAGUUACAAACAUCCAGAUUCUCAUUUGCUUUGGGUGUUUUGCAGUGCAAUUUCAUAGCUUUAAUUUGAAGUGUAUAACAAUAUAAAAACCAGAUGUCCAAGCGAAAGUUUUAAAAUCCAUUGUCUUCCUGUCUCUGCCCUAUCCCCCUCCUCCAACUUUUAACAGUUUUUCAGAGUGUUUAUAUUCACUCAAGCAACAAGUAUUUAUUGAGCACCUGUCAGAAGCAAAGUGCUAUGCUAGAUGUGCAAGGUUCCCUGUCUUAAAGGAUCCUUGCCAUCUAGUUGGUUCACCAUACUAGCCUUCUCAGAGUAGAGAGGCAGUAAGAAAUGUAAUUAAAACAGCUAACUAUUCUUAAAUUUUAGUUCUGUAGUAAGAGGGUGGAAUCAAACAUAAAUCUUGGGUAAAAAUUAAUUUUUUUCUCUCUCCUUCCUUAUUUUGGCAGAUGGAAAUGGAACUUAGUUGCAAGUAGCUAUCUUAUUUUUUAUUGUCUUCAAAUUUUAUAUUGCCUUUUGUUUAAUUUAAUCCCUUAUGUUAUUUAAUUGUUACUGCAACAUUAACUACUGUAUUUGAUGUUCAAUAACUUUGUUCUUUUCAGGGCUAGAAAUAAAAUUUUUUUUUAAAUGUU